GAAAAAGAACGAGUAUCCAUUCGAAGAAGUUUGGACCCUUUCUUAGUGCCCUUUUCUCUCUUCCUCUUUCGAAGAAGUACGUUCCCGAUCUCCCUUAGUCCACUCUCUUCCUCUCUAUCAAUCUCUGAAACUCAAACGAAGCUGAGCGUUCGUGUUUUUCUUCUGGUAGAUGUCAUAUUCUAGAGAAGGAAGGUCCCCGUCUCCCUCCCGCUCCAGAUCUCCCCCUAGGGGUCGCAGGUCAAGAUCACGGUCAAGGUCAAGGGACAGGAGUCGCUCUAGGAGCCGAGAUUCUGAAGAUGCAGGAAAUCCUGGAAACAACUUGUAUGUAACAGGCUUAUCAACAAGGGUCACGACCAGUGAUCUUGAGAAAUAUUUUAAUCGUGAAGGAAAGGUGAUGAUGGGUGUGGACUUUUCCACCUUUGAUAAUUGGUGGGUGAAGAUUUUUCUAUUCCAACAUUAUAAGGUCCUGGAAUGCCAUCUGGUUUCUGAUCCUCGUACAAGGGAAUCUCGGGGAUUUGCAUUUGUUACAAUGGAAACCGUUGAGGAUGCAGACCGCUGCAUCAAACAUCUAAACCGGUCUGUGCUUGAAGGUCGACUAAUCACUGUCCAAAAGGCAAAAAGGAAGCGUGGGAGGACACCGACACCGGGCCGAUACCAUGGUUUGAAGGACAAAAGAGGACGUGAUCGCAGACGGUCUCGUAGCUACUCCCCACAUAGACGCCAAGAAAGAGAUCAUUGGAGGGAUCGUAGAGAAAGAUCUCGCUCCCCAUAUGGGAGGAGGGGUGAGGAGUAUGACUCGCACAAGAGGCGCAGGGACCGUUCCUUGUCAGCUGGUAGUGAGAGAAAUCCUAGAGCAGGUUAAUCCGAUUCUGGAGUUGUUCUCAAGACCCACCCAUUUCUAUUAAUGUUUCAACAUUUGGAGUGGAUUAUAGCUGCAAGUCUGAAUUUCUUAUCUGUAUUUUCAUUUACCUUUAAAAAGGCUUUGUUUGUUUCCAUGUAAAAAGUGGGAAAAGAAAAUGUUUCUGUAAAAUAGGAUUUUCCACUGUCA